AUGAAGGUCCAGCGCGCAGCCGAGCUACAAGAUAUUCACCCCAAGGCACUAUGCGAUGCCAACUCGGAAACGUUUAAAGAUCUAGCUAAGAAGGCUAAUAUUUCGUACGAUCAUUACAUUCGCACGACAGAUCUAGAACAUAAGGAUGCGGUCGAGUACUUCUGGGCUAGGUUAAGAGAGAGCGGGUAUAUAUACGAGACCAAGCAUGAGGGGUGGUAUUGUGUAAGCGACGAGACUUAUUACCCCGAUUCUAUGGUCGAGAAGCGCGUGUCGCCUGUGACAGGAAAGCCGUUUAUGGCGUGCAUUGAGACGGGUAGUGCUGUGGAAUGGACCGAGGAGAGGAAUCACCAUUUCCGGCUGACGGCUUUUCGAGAUAGAUUGCUCAAGUUCUACGCUGAUAACCCGAAUUGGGUUGUCCCGAGCAAUCGCUUCGGCGAGGUGAUCAGUUGGGUUCAGAAUAAUCUGGAAGAUCUAUCUAUAUCUCGUCCUGUGAGCCGUCUAGAUUGGGGUAUUCCUGUGCCUGACGACCCGAGUCAGACCAUCUAUGUGUGGGUUGAUGCUUUGAUCAACUACAUUACGGUAGCAGGGUAUCCCAUAUGGCCUCCUGGUUCCGAACAUACAAAAGGUUGGCCAGCUGACGUCCAUGUGGUCGGAAAGGAUAUCGUGCGCUUCCAUAGCAUAUACUGGCCUGCGCUGCUCAUGGCCCUGGACUUACCCUUACCAAAGUGUAUCCUCAGUCAUGGCCACUGGUUGAUGAGCCAACAAAAGAUGUCUAAAUCGGUCGGAAACGUGGUGAACCCUUUCUUCGCCCUCGAUCGCUGGGGCGUGGAUACUAUGCGGUAUUUCCUGAUAUAUAACGCUGCGAUAGCCAACGAUGCAGACUACAGCAAUGAGUUUAUCGUCGAUAAGUACAAGAAGGGUCUACAGGGGGGUCUAGGCAACCUGCUCAAUCGAAUUACUAGGCCGAAGAACUGGAGCGUGAGGAACGCGGUGAUAUCUAUGCACGAGAAGCAGUCUCAUUCGGUCCCUAAGGCGGUUGAAACCCAGAGGAAAUACCUGGAGUCUAUCGUAGAGGAGGUCUCGAGUCAUAUGGAUAAAUUAAAUCCCAGGGGGGCGUUGAAGGAAAUUAUGGAAUUCGUGUUCGAGGUAAAUAAAUUCCUGCAAGAAGCAGCGCCGUGGGACAGGAGCAGGGAAGGCGACACGGUGGCUGUAGAGCAGAUCAUCUUCUUUGCGGCGGAGUCGGUGCGUGUCGCGGGUAUCCUACUACAGCCGUUUAUUCCGGAGAAGUCGAGCGAGCUGCUGGAUAGACUGGGUGUUAGUUCCGAUCGGAGGACCUUUGAGCAUGCGCGACUAUUUGCGGAUGAUGCAUAUGGGACAUCAACUAUACCGCUAGGCGAAGGCGCGCAGAGUAGUUUGUUUCCGCCGAUGCCUUCCAUCCGCGAAGCCACCGCCUCGGAACGCCUCUCGCUAGACGAGGAGUACGAGAACCAAGCGUCGUGGCGCGAGUCCCGGGAUAAACUCACGUUUAUCGUGUGUGCACCACUACUACGCGACGAUGAUGUCUCGAGUACGGAUGAAAUUGGGGAGGUCGUGAUGGCGGGAGUAGGAGAUGCGGUGGAUAGGAUGGUGGGGGAUGUUAAUUUGUUCUUGAGCGUCUGGGAUGGCGAUGAGGAGGGACAAGAGCAGGGACACAAGGAAGCGAAGACGUACUACACGGCGGAAAUCGACAUAAUGAUCGCGGACCCCAAGUUCCGGCGCAUGGGUCUUGGCCGCGCGGCCGUCGCUACGUUCUUGUACUUUGUGCGACGGCGUUUAGACGGCAUCCUAGCUGAGUACACGGGCUCUCUCGACAGCAAGCCUGUGCUGAAAGAUGUCGUGGCCAAGAUCAACGCGGAUAACAAAGCUAGCAUCGUGCUGUUCCAAGCCCUUGGGUUUAAGCAGAGAGGCGAGGCGAACUAUUUCGGCGAGAUAGAGAUGGUGUUUGAUGGGUUUGGGGAGACGGACGAGUGGAGAAAGACUGGCUCUUCUGUGAUGGGGGAUACGUAUAGGGAGUUGUUUUAUGAUAGGUCGCAGUUGGGGGAGUAG